UAUCAACCACACACCAAACAACAAACCAGUGUCACACACUCUCUCAGCUCUACCAGUCACCAUUUCUCUGCUUCUCUCUCUACUUUCUCUCACCAGGAACCGCCUAGGAGGAGGCCAGGGGAGAGUUUUUGGGUCAUUGCCAAUGGCUGGGAGUGGAUUAUUUGCAGAGAUAACCGAUGGGGAUGUGUUCAAGUACUACGCAGAUGGGGAGUGGAAGAAAUCUUCCUCUGGGAAAUCUGUGGCUAUUGUCAAUCCAACUACAAGAAAGACCCAGUACAAGGUUCAAGCUUGCACACAAGAAGAGGUGAACAAGGUAAUGGAAAUAGCAAAAACGGCGCAAAAACAAUGGGCGAAAACCCCGCUUUGGAAGAGAGCCGAGCUCCUUCACAAGGCAGCAGCUCUUCUCAAAGAGCACAAAGCCCCCAUUGCAGAGUGCCUAGUGAAGGAAAUUGCGAAGCCAGCAAAAGAUUCAGUAACUGAGGUUGUAAGGUCUGGUGAUCUUGUUUCAUACUGUGCUGAAGAAGGGGUCCGGAUUCUUGGAGAGGGGAAGUUCUUAGUGUCUGAUAGUUUUCCUGGAAAUGAGAGGACCAAGUACUGCCUUACUUCGAAGAUUCCCCUUGGGGUUGUGCUGGCCAUUCCACCCUUCAACUAUCCUGUCAACCUUGCUGUCUCCAAAAUUGCUCCUGCUAUUAUUGCUGGAAACUCUCUCGUGCUCAAGCCUCCAACUCAGGGUGCUGUGGCUUGUCUUCAUAUGGUUCAUUGCUUCCACUUAGCUGGAUUUCCCAAGGGCCUCAUCAGUUGUAUCACAGGGAAAGGUUCUGAGAUUGGUGAUUUCCUCACAAUGCAUCCGGGGGUGAACUGUAUAAGCUUCACUGGUGGAGACACUGGUGUUGCAAUUUCAAAGAAAGCAGGUAUGGUUCCUCUACAGAUGGAGCUGGGAGGAAAAGAUGCGUGUAUUGUGCUUGAAGAUGCUGAUCUUGAUUUGGUAGCAGCAAACAUUAUAAAAGGAGGUUUCUCCUACAGUGGUCAAAGAUGCACUGCUGUGAAGGUUGUCUUGGCCAUGGAAUCCAUCGCCGAUUCCCUCGUUGAAAAAGUGAACACCAAAGUAGCAAAGUUGACUGUGGGACCGCCUGAGGAAAACUGUGACAUCACUCCGGUCGUCACAGAAUCCUCUGCAAAUUUCAUUGAAGGGUUGGUUAUGGAUGCUAAAAAGAAAGGAGCCACAUUUUGCCAAGAGUACAAGAGGGAUGGCAACCUUAUUUGGCCCUUGUUGCUGGAUAAUGUCCGUCCUGACAUGAGGAUCGCGUGGGAGGAGCCAUUUGGGCCAGUUUUGCCUGUUAUUAGAAUCAACACCGUUGAAGAAGGGAUUCACCAUUGCAAUGCAAGCAAUUUCGGUCUCCAGGGCUGUGUCUUCACAAGAGACAUCAACAAAGCUAUUUUGAUCAGUGAUGCCAUGGAGUCAGGAACAAUUCAGAUCAACUCAGCACCAGCCCGGGGCCCAGAUCAUUUCCCAUUCCAGGGUUUGAAGGACAGUGGAAUUGGAUCACAAGGGGUCACCAACAGCAUAAACCUGAUGACCAAGGUGAAGACCACUGUGAUCAACUUGCCAACUCCUUCCUACGCCAUGGGCUAAUGCCCCCAAUAACUUCCACUGCAGAAUAAAUUUCAAUAGAUUACUUUUGUUAUAGCUAUAUGAGAUUGCUUUUGUUGUAGCUAUAUGAGAUCAAUCGCCAGUUUUUAGCCAUCAGCUAUGAGCAAAUAAUGGAUAAUGCUGAGAUUUCUAAGAACAGCUAUCCUCGGUUAAGUUUAUGACAUUCUCAUGAUAAAUGAUCGUUUAAUAUGAUAGCUUUGUACA